CGCCAGAAGAAGUAAAGUGAAACCGCACCUGCUUCUGGUUCUGGUUCGGGUUCGGGUUCUAUUCUGCAAGAGCUUGGACUUGAGAUCGAGAAAGUAAGAGAAAGAGAAAAAGAGCGUUAUGGAUUCUUCUCACAUGGCUUCGCUUCCCGAAGAUACCACAGACGAGCACUCACAACAGCAAAUUCAACCUACCUCUGCCUUCGCUUCCGUUCCUCAUCGCCCACCGACUAAGAGCUCUUCAGAAAAAUACGCACCCGUAGAUUGGUCCGUGUAUUUUGACAAAGAAGACGACGUUGCAAUUCCCGAAUCAAAUGAUGUUUUUCACGUUUACAUGGCAGGAACAGAGGGCCCCGUUGUAUUCUGUUUACACGGUGGUGGUUAUUGUGGGCUUUCAUUUGCUGUCUCAGCCAAUAAAAUCAAGGAGAAAGCUAGGAUAGUUGCAAUGGACUUGAGAGGUCACGGGAAAUCAUUGACAGAAAAUGAUCUUGACCUAUCUGUUGAGACUAUGUGCAAUGAUGUAUUGGCUGUUAUAAAGGAGUUGUAUGGGGAUUCUCCUCCAGCAAUUAUUCUUGUUGGUCACAGCAUGGGAGGAUCAGUUGCUGUGCAUGUUGCUGCAAGUAGAUCAUUGUCCACCUUGGCUGGGUUAGUUGUUGUGGAUGUUGUAGAGGGAACAGCAAUGGCCUCUCUAAUUCAUAUGCAGAAAAUCCUAUCAAGUAGGAUGCAACAUUUUUCAAGCAUUGAAAAAGCUAUUGAAUGGAGUGUCAGGGGUGGCUCUUUAAGAAAUGUUGACUCUGCUCGUGUAUCAAUUCCUGCCACAUUAAAUUAUGAUGAUUCAAAGAAAUGUUAUGUUUACCGAACUGAGCUAGAAAAGACUGAACAAUAUUGGAAAGGCUGGUAUGAAGGCCUCUCAGAUAAAUUUUUGUCUUGUCCUGCUCCAAAGCUGUUGUUAUUAGCAGGAACAGAUAGAUUGGACAGGUCUCUCACAAUUGGUCAAAUGCAAGGGAAGUUUCAGAUGGUAGUUGUAAGACAUACAGGGCAUGCUAUUCAGGAGGAUGUACCUGAUGAAUUUGCAACUCUGAUCAUCAACUUCAUUUCUCGUAACCGAAUAGGCCCUCAUGGAAUUGAGAUACCCGGUCUUGGCAAGCCGGCCUUUUCGAAGCCUUGAAUCAGGUGUUAGAGAACCAAGAAUGACAACUACUGCAGCAUGCCAUGUGUCCAAAAUAAGGCGGAUUAGAGAUCAACAAGGUAGCCUUAUGGAGAAGGAAUUAAAAUGGUAACCCUAGCACCACAUUUUUUAUUGACUUCUAAUCCUUUUGGUCAUGAGCUCAUACAAAGGUUUGGCAACUGACUUUCAAAUUGUCCGUGACGAAGGUUGCUGCUUAUAAUUCACUGAAUUUUUCAUGUUCCAUUCAAACAUCGAAUAUACAUUUUCUCAACUUCAAGACGAUUGCAGUGAGUAUUAAAAAUUUAAAUCUACCUACUAAAUCUUUGAAUAAUCAUUAUCCUACUCACUAAAGCACACUUUAAACGUCCCAUAAGAAUGAGAUAUAUUAUAAAAAACUUUUAUAAAUAGCCUUUAAUUGUAAUUUUUAUGCCUUAGAAAGGGAUUAUUGUUCAGUUAUGCAACGUCUGUUAAGCGUUAUAGAAUUCAAGAAAAUCCACAAAUAUAAGACUUGUGUAAAUAAAUAUGAAUUGAUAUUAAUAAAUAAAAUUUGAACAAAAACAGUUUUAUACAAUUAACUACUAAAUUUAUAAAUAUCAUGAAUGCUUUUAAGACAUGAUAUCGGCUUGAUAUUAUUUUCUUACGGCAUAUAUCAUAUUUUUAAUUGAAUUAAAAUAUCUACAUCAGUAGUCUAAAUCGACAAUAAAAAAAUAUUACCAAGAAAAAGAGGGGAAAAAAAAAUCUUCGUUUGAAUCAAGCUAAAUUAAUAUGUAACUUUCUUUUAAAAAGAGUCGAGCUCAAGCAGGUUUAAUUCAAUGACGAGACUAAUAAACUAUUAUUUAGUCAACAAUUUUACCUAGUCUCCACCAACAUAGUAGCUCUAUUUCUAUGGGCCUUUCAAUCUUAGACAGAGGCACUCUCUUACAGAACAAAAUAACUAACGUUCAUGCAAAUGACAUGGCGAAAGCCAACCUUCGCCUCAAGCAAACGCUACCGACC